UUGACCAGAUAAUUAACUCCACUGAUAAUCAUUAUUCUAUAUAUCUCUUCCGCUUGAAGAAACACAGAAGGAAAUGAAGCCAGCGGGGAACAGAAAUCCGCAAAGGAAUAAAUAUAUUGUGACGGUUUCAAAAUCGUCCAGUCCAGAUAGGCGUUUGCUCAAAGCAAUUCUGGUUGCUAUUACUCUAGUAGUGGUGGGAGUCCUUCUUGGUACGUUGAUUCCCAUUUAUAUGAAAGCCAAAGGGAAAAAUAAAAGCUCCAACGAAAAUAUACAAGAGCAACCGAACGCUAAAAAAUUAGACAGCAGAACUAUAUCCGAAGUUGUUGUUGGUUCAACAACUCGAACGACUAUUUUCCAAGAGUCCAUUUUCAACACUUUGGCAUCGAAACAAGAAGGCUUCAUUUCACCGAGUAUCGAAGGUUCUACUUCGGUUCACGAAGUGGCGUCACAGGGUCGACCUUCCAUGGCCAGUGAUGCUACAGCAAAGAAGAAAUCAGCUGCCACCUCAUCCCUGAUAUCGUCGAAGACAGUGCCUUCACCAAAAGCUACUUCGGCUGUCUCUGAGCAACUUCAGACAUACUCACUAUCAAGCAUUGUGUCAUUAAGCACAAAUAUAAAGAGAACGAUUGUUUCUCCAAUUAUAUCAUCGAUGAGCAAAGUACGCCCAAUGAGCAGUGUGGCUGGCUUGACAGUUAUCGCAAAUCUUUUGCCCAACAAAGAAUCUAAGUGGUCUCGAUGGAGCUCGUGGAGUGAUUGCACCAAAACAUGUGGUACUGGUUCACGAUAUCGAAACAGAACAUGUGUGGCCCUUAAUAAGGGGGCAGUCUUUGCUCCCAUCUCCUGUGCUGGAAAAUCCUCGCAGACUUGGUCAUGUGCAGAAUGGAACUGCCCAGACUGUUCAAGAAACUGCACAACUGGAACACUGAAUGCAGCCUGUGAUGCAUGUACAUGUGAUCAUCACGUGCUUACUGGUCGGGUUUUGACGAUAGACAACGCACCAUUGUCUGAGGCAAACAUAUCAUUGGCAGAGACACCGUAUAAUAUUCUUGCAAAGACGAACACCAGUGGACACUUCAUGACUCUGGGUGUCUGCGCGGAUAAGCAAGAGCUGUUACUUGAAAAACAUGGGUUUGUCCCUGUGACGAAAAGAGCCAAUGUCCUUACUCCCACGAUAGCUUCUGUUAUCGUGAAAUUAGAGUUUGCAGUUCCACCAUCUGUCACAGUUCAUCCUAAGAGUAAAAUGCGCAUAGCUGGUCAAAGUGUUACAUUUUGUUGUGAUGGGGAAGGAAACCCUCCACCGGAAAUAGAAUGGUUUAAAGAGAACAACGUCAUCGACAAAGACUUGUACAAUUACAACAACACUCUUGAAAUAAGUGACGUCACUGGUUUAAAUGGAAGUUUCCGUUGUCGGGUGAUAAACCAGUUUGGCUCCGAAUUUUCCAAAGUGGCGGAGUUGAAAGUCUUUGCAAGAUCAGAGGACUCAUGCCCCUCAGCUCCCAUUUCGAAGAACCAGACACUACCUCCUGGUUGCGUUUUAAACGGCACAAACACCACAGUCUUGGACGUGGGGGAAUGUAAACGUGUUGCAUGUGUUAAGGGAAAUGACACCUUCAAUUCUUCUUGUUCAGAUUCCCAGUAUUGCUGUGGGCCUCGCUCUUUUGAUAGCGUUCUAGCAAAGUGUGGCUCCAUCAUGUCAUUGACUCUUUCCAAAAUAAGAACCUGCGGUUGUGGAAAUUGUAUCGAUGAACAAACAGUUAUACAUGGCCUUACUGUUGGCCAGGAGGGUGAACCAGCAAAAUUUGUGGAUUUGCUCUUUAAUGGUAAACAAGUCGAAAGAACCGACUUGAAUGGAAUGUUUUCAUUUUCUGUUCCGCCAGAUACAAAACGAGCAAUAGUGACUUUUAAAGACCAAAUUUUCAAAAAAUUUCAAGAAGAAGACAAAACAUUUAUUUUAAAUGAAGGACAGAAGGCAAUGUAUAAGGUUACACUUAGAGAAAAACCACAGCCUGUCAUAUUUAACGCGUCUGAACCACUGGAUUUGCCGUUAGGAGGUGAUUCUGAUAGCUUUGCUGACCUUGAACUACCCGAAAAUACGCUAUUGACGGAGGACGGUUCUGUUUUCCAAGGAAAUGCCAAGGCUUCACUUAGUGUUACUGAUCCACGUAACCUCUCUGACAUCCUCACAGCUCCUGGAGAUUUUACCACCCUGAGUGAAGACGGUGAUGAAGAAAUCCUUGAGACAUAUGGUAUGAUUAAGCUUAAGAUGGAGGAUGAUAAAGGUAAACCCCUAGUUAUGUCAAAGCCCAUGAAAGUCUACCUAGAUCCAGAAAAACUCAACUUGACCGUGUCUGAAGGUAAUGCCUCCGCUAAACUUUACUGGCUUGACCGGAAGACAGGACGGUGGAGGGAGGCUGGUGAUUUUUCUCUCGAAGAUGGAAGCAAACGAAGACGAAAACGAACCAACAGAGUCUUUCUAGUAGGAACUGUGACACCGUCCUUAGCUCAGGAAUUUCUCAACUUUGAUCGGCCAGAAAUGAGAGUCGGCGUACGAGUAACGGUCAGUUCAGCAGAGGAUAACGUCAUCAUAACGGCCAUCCGUAAAGACAACAAGGGAUACGUUCAGCGCAUUACAAAUCAAGGUGUAGUUUGCAUGGCGAUUUGGAAAGAUAAGGACUACUACCUUCAAGCGGAAAAGGAUUCCAAGUAUUAUGAUCCUGAUCAAGAUAUCAAANAACAUUUUUGA